AUGAGGUUCCUAUACCUGAUAUCGCUAUUGCCGUUGACUGCGGCCAAAUAUCCGUCCACGGCUGCGGAGCCCUCGCAGAACCAUACUGUAUGGCUAUGUGGCGAUAGCACGAUGGCACCGGGCGGAGGACAUAAUGGUACGGAGGGGUUUGGACAAUAUUUGCACUACUCCUUCGAUUCCGAUCUAAUCCGAAUUAACAACUCGGCAUAUGCCGGACGGAGUGCGAGGACAUUUACGCGAGAGGGCAGAUUUCAGGCAGUGGCAGACAAGAUCAUACCAGGAGACUGGGUCGUAAUCGAGUUUGGCCAUAACGAUGCAAUCAAACUGAGAUCGUACAGACAUCAUAGCAGCUACAAUGCUCAAGCACUGAAAUUACUCGGCGCCGAUGUCGUGAAUGCUGCUUUCCCGAUGGACAACACACAUACGAGUCCAUACUUGGCGGACGUGUUCGCAAAGGCGUUCGUUUUAGGGCUGAAAUGCGGGACGAGUCCGUUGCAGGCCUAUGUAGUGAAUGCAACGAGUAGGAUCCAAAGCCCUGGAUUGGGAUCUUGUUUGAGCGUCAAUGAUACGCUACCGAUAUAG